UGGUUUGGCGGGGCCGGCUCCGCGAUAAGAGGCGGGGAGCCCCCGGGCUUUCCGUGGCGCGCCGUGCCUUGCCGGGCGGGAUGGAGGAGCGCUACAGCAAGGCGGAGACCCUGGCGCUGCGGAGGAAGCACAUCGGGCCUUCCUGCAAAGUUUUCUUUGCCAAGGACCCUCUGAAGAUAGUGCGUGCUCAGGGCCAGUAUAUGUUUGAUGAGACUGGAGAAAAAUACUUAGACUGUAUCAACAACGUUGCACAUGUUGGCCACAGUCAUCCCUAUGUGACAAAGGCUGCAACAAGACAGAUGGAACUGCUCAAUACGAAUUCCCGGUUCCUGCAUGACAACCUCGUUCAGUACGCUCAGCGUCUUACUGCUACCCUGCCAGAGAAACUCUCUGUUUGCUAUUUUGUUAACUCUGGGUCUGAAGCAAAUGAUCUGGCUUUACGACUGGCUCGGCAGUACCACGGACACCAAGAUGUGAUCACCCUUGAAAAUGCUUACCAUGGCCAUGUUACAUCUCUGAUUGACAUCAGUCCCUAUAAAUUUAAUCAGCUGGGAAAGGACAGCAAGAAGGAGUUUGUGCAUGUGGCUCCUUCUCCAGACAUCUAUAGAGGAAGAUAUAGGGAAGAUCACCCAGACCCAGCAAGCGCUUAUGCUGAAGAGGUGAAAAAGAUUAUUGAGGAAACGCAGAAGAAUGGACGUAAGAUUGCUGCCUUCAUAGCUGAAUCCAUGCAGAGCUGUGGAGGCCAAGUAAUUCCACCUGUGGGCUAUUUCCAGAAAGUGGCAGAGUAUGUGCGUGCAGCAGGUGGUGUAUUCAUAGCUGAUGAGGUCCAGGUUGGCUUCGGCAGAGUUGGGAAGCAUUUCUGGGCUUUCCAGCUGCAAGGUGAAGAUUUUGUGCCUGACAUCAUCACCAUGGGAAAGCCCAUUGGCAAUGGCCAUCCUAUGUCUUGUGUGGUCACAACAAGGGAAAUUGCUGAAAAGUUUGGUGCCUCUGGACUGGAGUAUUUUAAUACAUUUGGAGGCAAUCCUGUGUCUUGCGCUAUUGGUUUGGCUGUACUGGAGGUAAUUGAAAAAGAAGAUCUGCAAGGAAACGCUACACGUGUAGGAAGUUACCUCCUAGAACUGCUGGUUGAGCAAAAGAAGAAGCAUCCCUUAGUGGGAGAUAUCAGAGGCGUUGGAUUGUUUGUUGGUGUGGAUUUGGUGAAGGAUCAAGAAAAGAGAACACCAGCUACAGCUGAAGCCCUUCACCUCAUUUACAAGCUGAAAGAGCAGAAAAUCCUUCUUAGUGCAGAUGGACCCUACAGAAACAUACUGAAAUUUAAACCACCAAUGUGUUUCACUAUGGAAGAUGCAAAACAUGUAGUGGAGACAAUUGAUGUACUUCUCACAGAAAUAGAAGAGGCAACUGGAAUGAAGACAGAAAACGAUGUAUCUACAAACGCACAUUGUAAAAUAAAAGCUGAUGAAGGAAGUCCUCAACCAGACUCUGCAACUGAAAGCACCAGCCAUUUGAAUGGAGCUGCCUGCAGACAAGAAAAUGGUUUUUAUCCUGAAAAACACUCAGUGCCAAGUAAAACAAUAAGGACGUGAAGAGAGAGAGUUUUCUUGUUCAGAUUGAAUUUAUUUCCUAUUUGUUUUUGAGAUGAAGAGUGCAAUAGUGCUAGGAUCUGUUUGGAGCUUUGUGCUAGUACCAACUAGCUUCAUUAGGAGUUUAAAAUACAUAUUCAGAUAUAGAAGAAAUGUACCAUGUGGUCUGAAAGCUGUGUGUGACAGAACAGGCAAGUGAUACUUUAAUACCUUGUUGCUGAUUGAAGGCUUGACACAGGUAAACAAUCUGCUAAAUUGAAGGAUUUAGUCCCAUUACACGGAAUCUGAAUUACUUAACCACCAUGCAAGCAAAUUGCCAAUUUCAUUAAGUUUAACACAAUAAGCUUAGCAUGCUGUUUUUACAGUAUUUUAAAUUUCAAUAUGUAAUAUUGAGAUGUUAAUCACUUUCCAUGUUUUAAUGGCUGAAUUCCCAAAACACUGCUUGAGAGAGAAGCCAUUAUUAUCUCCUUGUAUAACUUAGGUCCUAUGGAUCGUUCCCUGCUGAUGUACGUUGAGGUAGCUUUGCUAAUGUUGAUGAUACUCUACCAAGUGUCUACUACUGUUUGUGUGAAGAUGGAACAUUUAUGCAAGCCAUUCUUGCUUUGUCUUCAAAGAAAAUGAAAACAGAGCAUAAUUUUCUAGGGAUAAAGCAACUUUUAUAGAUAACUAUUUAUACAGAGUAAGAUUUUUAUCUUUCUUUUUCAAAAGUUUAUAUAUUGAACUCCCUCAGUCCACAAAAUACGCUAGUAGAGGUUCAAAAUGAGGUUCCCAGGGACAGCCCAGCUUGCAUUCCCACGGAUUUUAGAUGUUUUGAAAGUCAUGGGAACUUCCGCCUGAUCCUUUCAUAGCAAUUCUGUUAGUUCUUUUUCAUCGGAGGUGAAGCGUUGCAUACCAGUUGCAUUGGAUCCUGAUGCGUAAGUGACUACUAACGUUUGACAGAUUACUAAAAUGAGAUGCCCUCUGCAUAAAGUAUGCAUACAGCCACUGCCUGCCUUUGCUGCAGGUAAUUUGGACUGACUUGCCUCCUUGUUGGUAUUAGAUUUUAAUAGUGCACAAUUCUUUUUUAAUACCUGCCCAAUUUUACACUAUGGAAGACACCGAGGGCUUCCAAGUGGUUUGUAUUUCAGGAAAAAGACAAAAUCUUUUUCCUUUUAAGCUUUCACACCCUGAGUUCUGUUUUGUUAUUGCUGCUAGUGAUUCUAAUGCUAUGACUGAAGAUUCAGCACUUUAAUUUUGUAUUUUCCACAAUUUGCUAUGUUAACAUUGAUGUUUCCAGUGUAACUUCUGGCAUUCUCAAGCUGGCUUAUUUUCUAUUUCACAAUUCUUGAAUAAUUCCAUAAAAAUAAAUCUUUAUUUGUAAUAUGUAA